AUGAACGGCACUCGAUCACACCCAAUUCUCAUCAUCGGCGCUGGUAUCUCUGGUAUCACCACAGGGCGGUUGCUUACCAAUGCUGGCAUCCCUAACAUUCCAUUUGCUAUCAGUCUCCGCGAGUGGGGAUACUCGUCCCUCCUCACAGCUCUUGGAGAUCUACCGCUCUGCAGCUUGACUCGCGGUGCGGCUCCAGACAGACUUCUUGGGAAGGUAUUGGUGGCGCCUGAGCUGGAACAGAAACAGUCAAUUCGCUCUUGGAAGCGAUGUCAUGAGGCUGUGAGACGGUCCCAGCAACGGUUCUUCCAGCUUCAUCGGCCCAUGAAAGAUUGGCAAGUAAUUGCAGAAAAGAAGAGAAGGUUAACGGACCAGGUUGUGGCAGGAAAAGCUCUGGGAUAG